AUGCUGCUUCUAGCUUCGUUUUUUCUCCUAGCACUACUGCAGUGCUGUAAUGCCCAAAAUGAAAGGAGCAUUACACCUGCAGACUGCCAUGCCGUCGAAAGAGACGCAGGAGUGGCCCUGGAUUUGGUCAACAGGCAUCGCAGAGAUGGCUAUGUUUUUGGUUUAUUUCGUGUUGCUGAUGCACACCAACUACAUAUAGGAAAUUCAUCAAUCCUCUACUUAACUUUGGAUGUGGUGGAAACUGAAUGCCCUGCAUUAUCCAGGAAACACUGGGAGUCUUGUGAAUAUGGUGACCUCUAUUCCAUGGACUUUGGCCAGUGUAAGAUUAUCACAUAUACAAACCAGCUGCUGAAGAAACCUCAGCUAUAUGGAUUUAAUUGUACCCUGAGCUCAGUUCCUCCUGAUUUAUUAGAGUGCAAAGACUGUCCUGUGAAAAUUGAAGUUUUAGAAGUCAAUGAGCAACAUAAAAAUAUUGCUGCAAAGGCCCUGAAGAAGUUCAACAGUCAGAGUAACCACACAAACUACUUCAGUGUGGACAAAGUUGAAAAGGCUUUAAAGCUGACUGCUUCCCGUCAAGGUCACCGUUUAGGAUUCUCUAUAAAGGAGACCAACUGUUCCAAGUCCACACAACAAGCAGAUCAGGCACUGGAAUGUGAUUUUCUGGAUGACUGGCACGCUCAUGUGGGAUUCUGCAAGGCAAGAAUUAUCAGUGAUCCAGAUGAAAGCGAUGGAACAGAUAUAAGCUGUGAAAUCUACCGUCCCUGGCCACAUGACUGCAGACCCCCUCAUCAUCAUUUUGGUCACAGACAUCGUCACCGGCAUGGUCACAGACAUCAUCAUAAGCAUGGGUGUCCACCCUCUUCACAACCCAGACCUGAAGAUGCUGAGCAUAAAGAUAGUUCCAAUGAAGAACAUCAAGACAGCCAUGAAGGACCUGCACCUCCUCCCCAUGGUGGACAACAUCAUCACCAUCAUUAUCCACACCAUUGUCCUCAAUCUCCUCCCCAGAGUGGACCAAAUGCUCCUCUCCAAGAGGAAUCCAAACAUUCCCCUCCUCCUCCUCCUCCCCCCCAUGAUGAGCCACAUAAUCAUGGUCGCCAUCACGGACCACACUGUCCUCCCCCUCCUCAUGGACCACAUUGCCACCACCCUCCUCCCCAUCAUGGACCACAUCACCACCAUCAUCCUCCCCAUCAUGGACCACACUGUCCUCCUCCCCCUCCUCAUGGACCACAUCGCCAUCCUCCUCCUCCCCAUGGUGGACCACAUGAUCCUACUCCUUCCCAAGAUGAAUUGAAUCAACACCCUUCCUCUUCUCCUCCCCAUGAUGAACCACAUAAUCCUCCUCCUGGUCAUCAUCAUGGCCCACACUGUCCUCCCCCUCCCCAUGGACCACAUUGCCACCAUCCUCCCCCUCCUCAUGGAUCACAUUGCCACCAUCCUCCCCCUCCUCAUGGACCACAUCACCACCAUCCUCCUUAUCAUCAUUAUUACAGACACCAUUGCAACAAGACAAGCAUGUCAGGAAAGCACUUUCCAUUCCAGGUAAUAGGAGCUGUCUAUCAUGUUCCAGUUCUAAAUCAGCAGGAUUCUCUCACACCUCCCACUGCAAACUUCCUUGAAGUAUCCCAAAGUAACCCUCACUCCUCCAGAACUGGGGAGGAUAGUCUCUUCACUGACUCAAAUCAAAAGGAGAUGCUAGAAGCUCUGAGUUUUCCAGAUCAUCCUACACAAUCAGAGUCAUGCCCAGGAAACUCCAAACUUGUUCUUCCAAAAAUUUUACCUUUAUUUCCACAUAGCUCCAUGGCAAAAAAAUCUCCUACCUGACCUCAGAAAAGAUGUUCCUGGCUUGAGAGGUGCAGGGCCAAUGAUAGUUUUACAAUGAUGGAAGCAGCACAUGGAGAAGGACAGAAAGGAUAUAAUUUCUGGGGAGAAGCACUGAAAAUGGCUCAGGCAAGUAUUCCAAUUUGUCUCUUGAUCCUAGCUAUCACAGACUCCACCACAACUGAAAGGCUCAAAAUUCUGUGUCCCUCAGAUAAUGCCAGCAGGUACAAAUCUCCCCAGCAAGCAAUGCUCUUCAGUUCUCACAAAAAGGAAGAUACUCUAGUAUUGAAAUCUUCCAUUUUCUCAUAAUCCAUAAUGUACUUCUCUGAAGAAACGUGACCACCUCCCAUACAAAGUGACCCAUGGCACUACCUUCAUACUUUAUAAAGAAUCAAAGAAAAUAAAGACCCAUAAGAAA